AUUAGACAGUGGUGGCUUCUGCGUCUUUUCUUUUCACUUUCUUCUUCGACUUCAUCGUGUUGUUUGAUUACCCGUGGUUUCAUUCGUUCUCAAUGAAAACCCGAAAAGAGGAGGAUUCACCAGAAAACGAAGAAGAUGGUGAAGAAGUGGAGCCUUUCGAAUGUAAAUACUGCGACUUUGAAACAGACGACAUCGAUAUUUUGGACGCCCAUAUUUUUGGUCACGAAAAUGAGGAGGACGACGAAUCAAAGGUGGCAAAGUAUACCAUCAGUCCCGGAAGGAAAAGAAAAGCUAACCAAGACUAUUCAAUUGUAUCCCCAUCACAAGUUCAAACCGGCAGUGGGGCCAAGAAAACGAAAAUAAUGAACCAAUUGGAUGAUGAAGACAGCACGCUCCAGAACGAUGAUGAAGGUCCAGAAUCGUUCAUAUAUGUGUGUCCAUAUUGCACUUAUCAAUCAGAAAGAAAAAAAGGUAUUACAAAACAUAUAUCACUCCAUGAAACUCCAAUUGAAGUCAUGAUUUACAAAUGUUCGGAGUGCCCAUACCAGACUAAGCGAAAGUGUGAUAUGCCAAAACAUCUGCUAACACAUUGCACAAAUGCACCAAUGUUCGAGUGUCCAAUUUGUGACUACAAAACUAAAAGAAAGAAUGAUUUACCAAAGCAUGUUCUUUGCCACAAAAAACCCGGAGAAGCUACAACAUAUAAAUGUGACCACUGCCCUUAUACUAGCAAAAGGAAGGGUGAUCUGAAUAAGCACAUUGCAGUGCACAAAAAUUAUGCCACCGGAAGAUUUGAAGAUCGCAUUUUUAAUUGCACUGAGUGUGGAUACACUUCAAAACGUCUCAAUGAUUUACAUAAACACACUGUGCUACAUUGCGACAGAGAAUAUAGUGGAAUUUUCAAAUGUAAGAAGUGUGACUAUGCUUCGGAUAAACCGAAUAAGUUUGCAAGACAUGUGUUGAGCAGUUGCCAGAUUAUGGAGGCUUGUAUUAGCCUGGAUGAUUGUAUCUUGGUCGAGGAAAAAGAAAUGCCCUAUUAUGAGCAGCAGGUUGAAGGGGUAACAGAACAACAUGUGCUAGAAGAAAAUGAAGAAGAAGUAAGUGAAAUUGAUAGCCAAAGGAAAGUUGUUGUUGUCACAGAAUAUGGAGAAGAUUCAGUCGAAACUGAACAAGAAAAUUGAUUUAAAAGGAUUACUACAUAAAUUUUGCCUCUCCAAAGAAUUCCAAAUAUUUAUAUGUCAAAAGAAGGCAUUUGCUUUUUAUUUUAAUUUUGUGAAAUUAUAAUUGCUUGUAUUUUACCUUGCUUAUUUUUGGUGUUUGUUGGAUUAUUAUAUUUCGUUUAAAAGUCAAUAAUUAGUUGUUUUUACUUCAUUUUAUGAGGAUAAUCGACCAAAUCUUAUUACUAACUCAGAGUUACCGAGUAAUACUGUACUUUAAUAUAUAAUAAUAGCAUAUGAGUUGUAUUUCUUCUAAACAGCCUAUCAGUCAAAACUAUUUUUUUAAAUAUAUGUUUUACUUAUAUAGCUCACCAGUGGAGAUUUUAAAAAAUAUAGGUUUAUUUUGUAAAGUAUAACAUACAAUUAGCAACAAAGAUGAUGGCAGCUUUAUGUAUCAUUUUGUCACUUUGAGAACAUCAAAAAACAGUUCUCGAGAGUUCGAACUCUAACUAAAGGAAGGAGGGGACUGUGUUGCAUCGUAAGAUGAUAGUAAAAAGAAUAUUAUAUAAUGAAGAGGAACAGAAACUUUUUUUGUAUGUACAUAUGCAGAGACGAUGAGGGUGAAGUUUGUUGACGAAGAAUUAACAUUGUUUAGAAAAAUUAUUACGAU